UGCUCUUGCUGUACUGCCACCACCUUGUAUAUAUUCGCUUUGCUUCUCAGUAUACAAAAGUUCUCUGUUGUCGUUCUACGGAAAUUAAUUGUUCGAUUGCUACUAGUAUAGUUUAAGUAAUUCAUAGUGUAGGAAAAAUGUCGUCUUUUGAUGAGGAUAAUAGUUGGAUGCAAUAUAAACCAAAUGCAAAGUUUCUUCCAGUUGUGGAAGGCAAAACGGCGGAAUGCCCUGCUGCAGGUACAACGGACUUUGAAAAUUUGGAGACGCCCAUUUUCAGCAAACGCCAAAUAACGCUACGCAUACCAUCCAUCUACAAAGGGAAUUUAAUGCAUGUGGCUGUGAACAAGAAUUGGUUGGUUUGUGUGCUCGACACACAGCAAACGAUAUUGUUAAGGUUCUUUUUGCCUCGCGCUUUGCCUCCAGGAGAAAUUGCAUUGGAAAAGUACUUAGCUGGCUAUGCUAUUUCAAAAGUAUUCCUUGAUUACACUGGACAUCACACACUUAUACCAUUGGUACCUCAAACACCCGGCUUAUCUGCCGACUUUCUGUACAUACAUGCGAACGGACCUAAAGUGCGACGUGUGGAGAAAUUCAUAGGUCAUGAAAUUACAUCUGUCGCAUUCAAUCGUUAUAUGGGAACAGAAUCCUCUACGGGACCAAUUUUACUUGGUACAAGUGAGGGUCUUAUUUUUGAAACGGAACUAGUGCAAGAUGGCUCGUCACCGUUAUACCGAAAACAAUUGUACGAUUUAGGUUUGGGACGUACAAAGUAUCCCAUAACGAGUUUAGAGUUACUACGCUUACCUAAUACUAAUAAAUACAUGGUUAUUGCCACAACGCCGGAUUCCAUAUACACAUUCCAAGAGAAUGCGAAAUCAGAUGAUAGGUAUCUGCAAUUUAUUUUUGCCAAUUAUGUAAAUGGCCAGCAAAUUCAUGGGCCAAAAAUUGUUGAUACUGAAUUCGGAAAUUCGCUGCUGCAGCUAUAUGGCGAGCCCAACGAAAAACUGCCCAAACAGUGGGCAUGGUUGUGUGGUAGUGGUAUACGGUUUGGGGAGAUAUCCACCGAAGAACGUUCUAACAACGUUUUACUUGGUGACAAUCUCAUCAGUUUUGAUUAUAAGCAAUACAAAUAUCUGUCCUACGAACAGCGUCGCCAAAAUGCACCACGCGCCCUCGCUUUAACCGAAUACCACGCACUAUUACUCUAUUCGGACCACAUUACUGGCAUUUGUCUACUAAAUGAAAAAGUGGUUUAUGAGGAAUAUUUCCAUGAACAAAUGGGAAAACUACUGAAUCUUAUGCGCGAUCCAUUCACUGGCAUUAUUUAUGUUUACACUGAAAAAUAUUUCUUUAACUUCAAAAUCAUAGAUGAGCAACGUGACAUUUGGCGCAUCUAUUUGGACAAAGGACAGUAUGACUUGGCUGAAAUCUACGCCGCUGAGCAACCCGAGCACUUAGACAUGGUGCUUACUAAAAAGGCAGAUGCUGCUUUUGAAAAAGGCGAUUAUAAUAUAGCAGCAGAUUUCUACGCGGAAUCAUCGAAGCCUUUUGAACAGAUUAGCUUAAAAUUCAUGAAACUGGAAAAUAAAAAACCAAUUAUACGCUACGUUAAAAAACGGUUAGCGAAGUUGGAUAAUGAUCCAGAGAAGAUAUCGGUAUUAGUCGUAUGGCUUAUAGAUCUCUAUUUGACUCAAAUCAAUUACCCACGACGUAGUGCGCAGGAACGCGCAGAAUGGCAAAGUGAAUUCGACGAGUUUAUGCAGGGUGCACGCGUGGCAGAUAGUGCUCGCCAAAAUAAAGAAGUCAUACGCAAUCUAUUAAAGGAACACGCCGAUGUACAUAAUAUUGCACAGUUUGCUAUAGCCAAUGGUGAUUAUGAAGAAGUGAUUGAGCAGCAAAUUGGUGUGGAGAAAUUUCAGGAUGCGCUGCACACAUUGACUCAGCAAGAUAAUCUGCAAUUGUACUAUAAGUAUUGUCCCAUACUUAUGGAAUACGUACCCCAUGAAACGAUAGCCACUUUAAUGUCACAGGGGCGAAAACUGGACAUUAAAGAACUCAUACCGACGCUGGUAGUGCAGGAGACCGAAAAGCAUAUAGAUGAAAUCAUUAAAUAUCUAGAAUAUGCGAUAUACAAGUUGGGUGAAACUAAUCAAGCGGUACAUAAUUACAUAAUACAUUUGUAUGCAAAGUAUAAGCCAUCUAAGGUGAUAACAUACCUAGAGAAUGAGGGACAAGACUUAAGUUUGAUUCACUACGAAAUAAAUUAUGCGAUGUUCCAAUGUCAGCAAUUUAAUGUUAAGGUGGCAUCCGUUUUUCUAAUGUGUUUAAAUAUGAUGUGGGCUGCAGCGGUUGAAUUGGCGCUGACUUUCGAUUUGAAGCUGGCAAAAGAAACAGCUUCAAAGCCGCCGAAGGAGGAGGACCGCGAAAGGAUGUGGCUGGCUAUUGCACAACAUGAAAUACAGGGCACCAAUGAUGUGAAAAAAGCACUAGAUCUUCUAAAAGAAUGUGAUUUACUACGUAUUGAAGAUUUACUUCCAUUCUUCUCCGAUUUUGAAAAGAUUGACGAUUUUAAAGAAACUAUCUGCGCAGCAUUAAAAGACUACAAUCAAAAAAUUCUCGAACUGAAGCAUGAAAUGGAUGAGUGCGACAAGCAGGCCAUGCGUGCGCUCAAAGACUUGCAGAAUGUGCGCGAGCGCAACAUGCGCAUUAGCGCGCAAGAGUGUUGCAGUCUUUGCGAUUCAUUUCUUUUGGUGAAACCAUUCAUCGUGUUCUUUUGUGGCCAUAAAUUUCACAGUGAUUGCAUAGAAAAACAGAUUUUACCGUCGCUAAGCAGCGAUCAAAGUCGCCGACUCGCCAUGCUCAAACAACAACUAGAAGCUUUGGUGACACAAAGUAUGGCAAUGGAUGACAACUCGGACAUUCUGCUAGAGCAACGAGCCGAAUUAAAAACAGAAAUCGAAGAAAUUAUUGCAGCUGAUUGUUAUUUUUGUGGUGUAAUGAUUGAAAUGAUCGAUCAGCCAUUCGUCGCCGAUUGGGAUCAGGUCAACGUGGAUUGGGAGUAAAACUAUUUGUGAAGCAAAUCGAGAGAGAUGAAUUAUUAAAUGUUUUAAGGUUAAACUCAUACGUGAGUAGAGGUAAGCAUGCAAUAAACAUAGCCAUUAUAUAUUUUUACACAUAAUUAUACUUAUUCAAUUAUUUAAAAUUUUUUAUUAAUGCUAAACUUUACGCAGUUAAUAAAUGAAAGAAAAUGUAUGAA